AUGGCUCUCAACUCUUCUGCACGUAAAGACUUCACUGACGAUGAACUUUUAAAACCAUUCCUCUACAACAAAAUUCAUAAUCUACCUUUGCCCAAUUAUAUCAACAUUCUUGAACAAGAUUUGUUCGGUACUGUAAAAAAUCCUUGGCAAAUUUGGGAAGAGUUUGAAGCUUCUCAUUCAUAUUCUGGAAAAGACUUGUAUGUUUUCUCCAUCUUAAGGAAGAAAUCUGCUACCAGCACACGCGUAGUUCGCACUAUUGGAAUGGGUACAUGGGAAGGUGAAGACACCGGAAAAAGUAUAUUCGCCAAAGAUACAAAUCAACUCCUUGGUAUGAAAAAACGUUAUCGGUUUGAGAAGAGUGACACUUAUCAAGACGGUGGAUGGAUCGUGCACGAAUAUAGCCUUGACAAAUCUUUAAUAAGCAAUCCUUCGGCCAUCAAUUAUGUUCUAUGCAGAUUUAGAAAGAAUUCGAAACUGGGUCUACAAAAUACAGGAACAAGAAUUCAUCACCAACCGAAUUCACACAUACCAAAUUGCAGUGUCGUACCAAGAAAAAAUCCAAAAAUGAACAAUGUUGGACAAUCACAAAGAAAGACCGUUGCCGUUCCUCCACGUGCGCCAGUUGCCGUUCCUCCACGUGCGGCAGCAACCACCAUACCCGAGAACAAUAGUACUUGGUUGGGGGAAAAUAUUGACCAAAAUCCAAGAAAUCAACUUGACAGUGUAAAUAACAAGACCGAGGCUGUUAAAAUUACUAAUGAAACAGAGCGCAAAUUUAACAAAGAAGAACAUUGCGCUAUGAACAAAGAAGAUGAUGGUGAUAUCAUUAUAAUCAAUGGUGAUGAUGAUCUUAUUAUGAGUGAUCUUAUUAUGAGCAACGAAGAAGAGGGUGGUGUCACUAUGUCUUGGCCUGAGCUUUUUGCACAGGAACUGUUAAAGAAUAACAAAGGAUGCUUGAUCGAAGAAGAUGUUUCGAUGCUUUCCAAUGAUUUUUAUAAGGACUUAUUGUUCGAAAAUAACAACAAUAUUAAGUAA